ACCCGUCGGAGGGUGUGCUCAUGUUUACAACGUUAAACUGUCAAGAACUUUACCGUGAUAACGGCGGAUUUUGGACUUAUUUCAACGCGGGUAGAGUCACAUCAAUGCGGAAAGCAAGUAAAUGAGGUCUCCAAGCCCCAGUCAGGUUGACGACGAAGCCUCGUGGCUGGUGACACUUGCUGUCAAUCAGAGCUGACAUUUGAAGAGCGCUCACUGUGUUGGUAAAGGAGCGUCCCGAUGGAGUGUGUGUUCAUCAUGAACCGGAUGAGCUCUCAGGGCAGUGCGGCGUCUCAGCGCAGACGCAUGUUCCUCGGAGUUGUGAUCCUCCUGCUGGUGGACGUCAUCUGGGUGGUCUCCUCUGAGCUCACAGCUUACAUUUUCAAACAGCAGGAAUACAACAAGCCGUUCUUCAGCACCUUCAUCAAGACCUCCAUGUUCGUCCUCUACUUGAUGGGCUUCCUGCUGUGGCGGCCAUGGAGGCAGCAGUGCACUGGGACUGGGCAACGCCAACGCUCCUCUUUUUUUGCAGAUGCAGAGGCCUAUCUAGCUCCCUGCAACAACGACAACAUCAACCACUGUUUGAGUGAACCGCUCUACGUUCCUGUCAAGUUCCAGGAUGUUCCAGACGAUCCCGCCAACUGUUUAAUCCCAGACUGUGAAUCUACAUCUAAAAAGCACCGCGUGCGCUUCAGUAAUGUCAUGGAGGUGCGCCACCUGCCUUCCACUCAGGCUCUGGAGGCCAAACUGUCUCGAAUGUCCUACCCGGCGGCCAAAGACCAUGAGGCCAUGCUGCGCACCGUGGCCAAGCUGACCAUCACCGACGUGGCCAAAAUUAGCUUUUUCUUCUGCUUUGUGUGGUUCCUGGCUAACCUGUCCUAUCAGGAGGCUCUGUCCGACACGCAGGUGGCCAUCGUCAAUGUCCUGUCAUCCACUUCAGGCUUGUUCACGCUGAUCUUGGCCGCCAUUUUCCCCAGCAACAGCAGCGACCGCUUCACCCUGUCCAAGUUGUUAGCUGUCGCUCUGAGCAUGGGGGGUGUCGCUUUAGUAAGUUUCUCCAGAAUGGACAGCCCUGAUGAGAAAGGCGUCGUAGGAACUCUGUGGUCGCUGGCUGGAGCCAUUCUCUACGCCAUCUACAUCGUCAUGAUCAAGAGACGAGUGGACCGAGAGGACAAGCUGGACAUUCCCAUGUUCUUCGGUUUCGUGGGCCUGUUCAACCUGCUGCUCCUGUGGCCCGGCUUUUUGGUGCUUCACUACACCGGGUUCGAGGCGUUCGAGCUGCCCAGUCAGCUGGUGUGGCCAUACAUUCUCAUCAAUGGACUCAUCGGAACUGUCCUCUCAGAGUUCCUCUGGCUGUGGGGAUGUUUCCUGACGUCGUCUCUGAUCGGAACUCUGGCUCUGAGCCUCACCAUCCCUCUGUCCAUCAUGGCAGAUAUAUGUAUGCACAAGGUCCGGUUCUCAUGGCUGUUUUUUGCUGGUGCCAUUCCCGUCUUCUUCUCCUUCUUCAUCACAACGCUUUUAUGCCACUAUAACAACUGGGACCCUGUGAUGGUGGGACUGAGGAGACUGUACGCCUUCAUUUGCAGAAAACACCGUAUCCAGAGCAGACUUCCAGAAGACAGCGAGCUGUGUGAGAGUCUCAUUCCUCUCCACACUGUCUCCAGCGAAGGGAACUUCUUCUCAUGACCCAAAACCAGGUGAAAGAAUAUCAUUGAAUGAAUUGACGUUUGAAGAGACAAUGAGCGCCCCCUAGUGCCUUCUGUUGAAAGUAUUUAUUGUUCACCGACAGCCGUCCACUUUUUUUUAUUGACUACUUUCUCAUUUAUUGUGUCUUAAAAAACACUUUUACGGUACUCCACAAUGCUUUGAGAUUUUCAUCUGGCCAUGUGACACAGAUGCAACGUGGCAUCCUGCCUGGCCACAAGAGAAUUGUACCGCCUCAUCAUCAGAGGUCAACAUUUGUGAAUACUUUUAGAGAAACACUGAACUCACCGGACUGGAGCUGAACUUGUCUUGACUAAAAAGCCACUCAUGCUGAGGAGCACACUUGUUUACGUUACGGACACCGUGUGUAGAAAAAGGAAAGUAAGCUUAAGGAAGAAAGGGGGCGGAGCCAGACGCAUGUUUAACAUUAAUGAUCUGAUGGUUGCCUGCUCCUUUUCCCGUUUUUUUUAUCUGUGUAGUCGUCGUUUUCAUGAAGUUGAACUGGAUUUACAAAUAAUCAGCUCCUGAAUGUGACUCAUGUUCGAUUCCUCAGGCAUCAUACGCCACAAUGGGUAAUAAACCUGUAGUUAUCAUGCAUAAUCUGAUGUUUUACACAGACAAAAGGCCUAUAAUAAUAAUAACAAUAAUAUUUCAUAAUGAUGCUGUGCUAAAAAAUAUUUGUUUCAACAGCGUUGGCUCACUCUGUGUAGGCUUGGUCAGUCAUUCUACAGUUAUUACACAUUUUUCAGAGGCAUCUCUGAGACGUUAUUACUGAAGAUGAGACCUUCAGCUGUGUUUACGCAACAUGGUCUCUUCACUUCUCAGUGCUUUUGCAACGAGUUACAUAUACUUCUGCAUUACAUACCUGCAAAUGUGUUACUUAAAGCUUCAUCCUUAUUGAACAUUUCUGUUGUGUUUGGACUACAGACAAUAUGACAUAAUAAUGUUGCGUUGUGUUUAGUGCUCCAUUACUGUUGCAAUUGCGUGAUGCAAAUCUAUGACAUUACAUAUUAAAUAAUGCAAAGUGACAGUAUUGAGCAAGAAAGAAUUGAAGUUGGUCAAUGCGGGUGUCAGCUGAGUCACAUUCAAUAAGCGGUUAUUUGCAACUCCAGAUUAAAGAUGCUGCUUAUGCUGUUCAAGAGUCAGACUUGACCUGACGCCCUAAAAAAGGAAGGACACUAAACACGGGCAACAAACUGUGAUCAUCACAUCUAAGCUUGAAAUGACAUCAGUGCAUUUGCUCUUGCAGUGGAGCCUCUUCAGCUCCAGGCCGUCUCAAACAGGUGGACUUAGGUUUGCGUCUCGAACACUCGCGCCGGGUAUGAAGAAGAUUUCAACAGUGCAGCACUUUAAGUCAAAGGAAGAACUGUCCGGGGUUAACAGUUGUGUUCCACUUGUAGCCUUGUUUGAAUUUGGUUCAUGCUGAAGAAAAGUAGUUGGAAUCUUUCAUUUAAUGAUGCUGGUUGUAAACAAAGCUGACAGCAGUGAGAAGUGAUCUCGCUGGAUCAUUCCUCAUCCGCUCCACCUCGUGCCCUGUUCUGUUGCCUGGUCAUUGAAGCUGAUGCGACGGUGCCAUACAUUAGUAAGGAGAUGUGUCAACUUUGAUUCUGUCUUCUGAGCCCACUGACUUGGACCAUGAGCCUGCUGGACCUGGUCUUCUUGCUUCACUACCUAACAAGCCUCCUGUGCUAUGUACCAUCUAGUUUUUGGGACUGUAUUAAUAUGGUACAUUCUUGGUUGUGUAAAUAUUAGCCUUUCUUUGUUAGGUUUCACAAGGGAUUACGAUGCGGGUAAUCCUUGAAGAUUACCUUCCAAAAACUGCUCUGUUCUUAAAAGAUCGACCAAAUAAAUCUAUUUCCAUUCUCACACUCAGAGGUCAUUCAAGGUCCUUAUAUUUUCGAGGACUUAAAAGCGUAAGAUCCACGACUUUCUUAUGUCCUGAGCUUUAUUUGCAAGGCCCAACUCUCAGUUCUGGCUCCUCAGAUCAAGUUCCUGGAUUAGUAGUUGGUUUGUUCUGCAACUGGACCUGAGAGAGAGAGUCUGAUUCCAUUUCCCAGCUUCAGAAAUUUCCCACAUUUAGUGGGAUUCCAGCUUCUAGGACUCAUUUUUGUGUCAUUGAAAUGUGUUUCUGAGGGAAAUCAUGUUCCUGUGUAGAAAUUGCCAAUGAUACAUGACUGGCAAACCCACUAGAGGUCAGAACAAAGUCCCGACAUCAGCACUCAGUGCCUCGCCAUGCUGUGAAAUAGUCUCCAGUCGACCUUCUCAGCUUCCAGUCUGAAGCCAGUUCAGAAGGAUAUUGAUCAUGAAGCUCUGAAGAAGCUCAGAGAAGUUCACAGUUCAGGUCAGUUCUUUCAUCAACUUCACAUGGCUCAACAGGAAGUUGAAACUUAAGACAACAUUUUUCAGUGCAUGGGUGUUCAUAUGGUUUUGUUUUAUUUUCCUUCUCAGGUGCAUAUCGCAAAUAACAAAGAACAUUGGUUCUGUUGUCCCCCUUAAUUUGUGAAAGGUUGUGGAAAGUGACCAAAAAAAGCUGUAAUAUUUGUGCCAUUUUAAGCUUUUGUAUUUCUUUUCCUGAAGUCUGUUUUUACUCUUGUCACACUACACAAUAAAAUGUAUUUUAUUCUGAAGGGCUGGGCCUUUUUUAUUUUAUUU